UCUGGGCAUCACCAAUAGGGUGGAGGAGGGGAAGCAUGCAUUCUUAUUUUAAGAGAGUGCAUUCUUUAAUUUGAUGGUUAAGCAGAUGUACAACGUAUGUUUGACAGGCCAUAAAUCAGGCUUUUAGUUCAAGCCCAAUCACUUUUGAACUCGAAUAGUUAGCCCAUAUACCUCAAUAUCCGACACUCUCUCGUCAACCUUGCAGAUGUAAUCAAGCAUCUCCAGCUGGUGAGACGCUACUAGAUUAUACAGGCAAGCACUAAGCGAAAUCACAAGUGUCCUUAGAAGAGAGACUCAGAAGACUGACACAAACCCAAAAGGGGAAGGCAGGGUGACCGUUUGGAGCGCUACAAAGUGCCGCGACCACAAGCCAUGGAAGGCCAGCAGCCACCAGAAGCUGGAGGAGGCAAAGAAGGGAUUUCUUUCAGUAACCAUCUAUUAUUCAGAUAUGAUUAGGACGCGCGUGGGUCACACCACCGGCUGCCUGUAACGCCUUCCUGCGAAGAACACAGGACAACGAACUUCUCUGCCUUUUCUUUCUUUCCCUGCCUUCCCCUUCCCGGUCUUCUCUUCCUCCUUCCUCUUCCGUUUUCCCGCAUUUACCGCCGCCGGCACAGACUCCUCGAGAGGGUACCAGGUCGCAGAAUGGUCACGCUAGGCGGCCGGUAGGUGCUGUGCUUUGCGGCCCAGCCGUAAAGCGCCGUCGCGCGCCGGGGACGUCACGGGGCCCGGAGCGCCGGUCCCAGCAGCUGGCGCUGGGGGCGCCGUCGUCACCUGCUGAUCUGGUGGCCAUCGUCGCCCUGGCGGAAGCGCUGGUCUGUUAGGUCUUCUGGGGGGCUUCUUGGUCUGCGUGCGUUUCUGAGGUCGGGAGGGCGGCCCGGUCCUAGUGCCCGCUAGAUCCCGGCCGGAGCUGUGGGGCGGGCGGAGGCGGCGGCCCCAGCAGCAGAGACCGCCGUGCGCGGAGCCGCCCGCGGGGCGCUGAUGGCCGGACGCGUCCUGGGGAAGACGUUAGCCACCGUGUCUCUCUCGGUGGCCUUGGCCUACGUGACUGUCAAGUCUUUGCUCUGUCGCAGCCUCCCGGCGUGCAGAAACUCAUUUUCAUCCUGUGGGUUUCAUCUUAACUCCAGCGUCAUGUCUGGUUCUAAUGGUGCCAAAGAGAAUUCCCACCACAAGGCUCGGACAUCUCCUUACCCAGGUUCGGAAGUUCAACGCAGCCAUGUUCCUAAUGAGAAAGUAGCCUGGCUCGUUGAGUGGAAAGACUAUAACCCUGUGGAAUACACUGCAGUCUCGGUCUUGGCUGGACCUAGCUGGGCAGAUCCUCAGAUCAGUGAAAGUACCUUUUCUCCCAAGUUUAAUGAAAAGGAUGGGCAUGUUGAGAGAAAGAGCCAGAAUGGACUGUAUGAGAUUGAAAAUGGAAGACCUAGAAAUCCUGCAGGACGGACGGGACUGGUUGGCCGGGGUCUUUUGGGACGGUGGGGCCCAAAUCAUGCUGCAGAUCCCAUCAUAAGCAGGUGGAAAAGGGAUAGAAGUGGAAAUAAAAUCACCCACCCCAUUUCUGGGAAAAACAUCUUACAAUUGGUUGCAAUAAAAAGGAAAGACUGUGGAGAAUGGGCAAUCCCUGGGGGGAUGGUGGAUCCAGGAGAGAAGAUUAGUGCCGCACUGAAAAGAGAAUUUGGUGAGGAAGCUCUCAACUCCUUACAGAAAUCCAGUGCUGAAAAGAGAGAAUUAGAGGAACAGUUGCAGAAACUCUUCAGCCAGGAACAUCUGGUGAUAUAUAAGGGAUAUGUUGAUGAUCCUCGGAACACUGAUAAUGCAUGGAUGGAGACAGAAGCUGUGAACUACCAUGAUGAAACAGGUGAGAUAAUGGAUAACCUUACCCUGGAGGCUGGAGAUGAUGCUGGAAAAGUGAAAUGGGUGGACAUUAAUGAUAAACUCAAGCUUUAUGCCAAUCACUCUCAGUUCAUCAAGCUUGUGGCAGAGAAACGAGAUGCACACUGGAGUGAGGACUCUGAAACUGACUGCGAUGGGUUAUAGCUCACCACCUCCAUGUAAGCCAAAGGUCAACAAAGGAGCGUGUACUGAAAAGAAGGCACUAUCGCAGAACGCAGAUAUUAAAAGGUCAAAGUAGGUCUCUUGGAAAUUAUUUUAUUCACUUUCAAAACAAUUUGCAUUUAGAAGGUUUUGCAUAAGAAUACAAUUAGUAAAUAUGGUGAAAUGGAACACAGAAUUUCCUGCUUUUCAGUCAAAAAUAUAAAAAAAUCAUAUUUUAUAUGUAUUCUGUUUAAGCAUGGCUUAAACCAAAUUUAAACAACUGAUGCUUUUUGAAGAAUUAUAAUCUGAAUAAAGAUAAAUUUGACCAGCCAUAA